AUGACAGCCAAAACACGGUAUACCUCAGAAAACUUGCCAGAAUUUCUUUCCACAAAUUUCGACUAUGUAGUUGUCGGCGGCGGUACGACUGGCCUACUCGUCGCCGCUCGGCUGACAGAGAAUCCCAAUGUCCAAGUUGGAGUUCUCGAGGCAGGCGGUUCGAAAGCCAACGACCCGAACGUCGACAGACCGGAACGAUCAGCAAAUACAUUACAUAAUCCAGAGUAUGACUGGAUAUUCCACUCCACUCCUCAGACCGGUAACAAUGAUAGAGUCCACCAUGUCCCGCGCGGCAGAAUGCUCGGCGGAUCCAGUGGUAUCAAUUUCAUGGCCUAUAUCAGACCCGCGGCAGAGGAUAUUGAUCUUUGGGGGAAGAUGGGAAAUGAAGGAUGGUCGUGGAACGACCUCAUGCCUUAUUAUUUGAAAAGCGAGAGGCUCCAUGGGACAGACGAGAAGGAGAUAUGCCCAGAAAGAAGUGUCGGCAAAGAUCCUGUCGGCUCGCAUGGUAACUCUGGGCCUAUUAUAACCUCAUUACCACCAGGGAAGCCACCAAUCGAGGACGGCAUGAUUGCUGCGUUCGACGAAACGUCCGGAUCAUCAAGAGCAGAGGAUCCGUACGGUGGGAAACCUCUCGGUCUAUACGAUCACGUAUCAACUGUUGAUCCUGAGGACGGCACUAGAAGUUAUGCCGCCUCCGCUUUUCUUCGUCCGCACGAAGCACGAAAGAACUUGAAAGUGUUGACCGAAGCUACAGCGUGCAAGAUAAUACACAAUCAAGCAAUUGGAACCGCCACAGGAAUUGAGUUCCUUUACCAGGGUGCUCUACACCGCGUAUUCCCAUCCAAAGAAAUUAUCCUUGCCGCAGGCUCGAUCCAAACUCCUCAAAUCUUGGAAAUUUCAGGAAUUGGCGACCCAAAGAUCCUGCAAGCUGCCGGCAUACCUUGCACAAAAGAACUCCCCGACGUAGGAAACAACCUUUGCGAGCACCCUAUGACGUCUCUCACUUACGCGGUAAACGAGGAACCCUCUAUCCACAGCGGUGUCAGCAUGAUCGCCUUUCUCCCGUAUCGCAGCCUCGUAUCCCACGAUGAAUUGGAAGAGGUGGUGGCACAAGUUGAACAAGUCGCAUCACUGUCCGAGGUAGAGCGACACGCCAUCGUUUCACGGCUACGGGAUCCCAUGUCCGGCGCUGUUCAAUUCAACGGCAUUGCGGCAUACCUCGAUGUCGAGAGAGGGUAUGCCAAUCGCAGAAACUUAUUUCCUGAUACGUCGGGCCAUGAGCACACAUACUAUACUUUCCUUGUCACAAUUGCUAGCACCCUCUCUCGAGGAAGCACCCAUAUUACGUCUUCGGAUCCGCAUGCGACCCCGGAUAUUGACCUGGGGCUUCUGAACGAAGAGGCAGAUGUCAGCUUGCUUGCUGCUGGGCUGGAAUUUGCUGAUCGAGUGUUCUCUUCGGGCCAUGUCUCUGAGCGGGUUGCAAAGCGAGCAGUUCCGACCGUAAAUGUUGAUCUGUGCGAUCGAGACGACGGUCGAGAGUUCGCGCGAGACUGGACUACUUCGUUCAAUCAUAUACUAGGGACUUGUGCCAUGGGUCGAGUAGUGGAUGAACGGCUGCGUGUCAAAGAGAUGUCUGGCUUGAGAAUCGUAGAUGCCAGUGUCAUUCCAACUCAGAUUAGUGGAAAUGUGAUGGCCACGGUGUAUGCGGUUGCUGAGAGGGCGGCAGACCUUAUCAAGGAAGAUUUUGAAAUAGGUGAUUCCGCUUGA